AUGGCUGCAGAAGCGAGAAAAGCAUUAGAGGCGCUUAUGGGGUCAGAAUAUGCUAGUGGUGCAGCAGAUAAUCUAAAGUUUUGGGAAAAUGAAGUCUGUAGAAAUUAUCUAUGUGGACUUUGUCCGCAUGACUUAUUUACUAAUACAAAAAUGGAUCUUGGUGCGUGUCCCAAAGUACAUUCUGAGCGUUUAAAGAAUGAAUAUGAGGAAGCUAGAUCACGAAAAGAAUACAAUUUUGAGGCAGAAUUUGAGCGUAAUCUUGCGAAUUUUGUGCAGGAUUGUGAUCGAAAAAUUUCUAGUGCACAAAGACGUCUAGACAAGACUCCGGAGGACAGUGCGAAAACCACAAAAUUGGCACAAGAGAUAUCUGAUUUGGAUAAUGAUAUCGCGGAAUUGACCAAAGAAGUCGAAGUCCUUGGUGAGGAAGGAAAAGUUACCGAGUCACUGAAAAUAUUACAAGAUGUGGAAGCAAAGAAAGCUCUUAAACUUGAGAAAGAGAAAGAACUCAAGAAUUCGGUAGAAGGAGGAGGACCUUCUCAGCAACAAAAAUUGCGCGUCUGUGAAAUCUGCAGUGCUUAUUUGUCUAUUUUCGACUCUGAUCGACGCUUAGCUGAUCACUUUGGAGGCAAAAUGCAUAUUGGUUACUUGAAAAUACGCGAUUUACUGAAAGAACUUCGAGAGAAAAAUAAGCCGCGAACUGACACUAGAGAAGAUUCGCGGUCUUCAUAUAGCAAUGACCAAGAGGAGAUCGAGGAAGACACGAUUAUGAUCGCCGUGGUUCAUAUGACCGUCGAUCACGAUCGCGAUCUCCAGAUAGACGUGGAGGAUACACCAGUGGAGGCCGGAGACGUUCUCGGUCUCCAAAUCGAAGGAGAUAUUAAGAGACGGACGGAUGGAUGGAUAUUGACGAUGCGCGGUGGAAAUUAA